AUGACCGCAUACAAUGCAGUUGAUAAAUUUAGUAAUAAUGUUGCGUGUAAUAUAUCCAGAGAACAAGAUUAUUUGAAUAAAAAAAAUAUUUUCGAUAUAUUUCAUUUUCUUCUCUCUCAUGUUAUUGUUCAACAACCAACAAAUCCUAUCCAAUAUCUUUAUGAAUUAUUAGAUGAUUUUAUAUUGUUUAGAUCGGGACUUAAAAAUCCACGAUUACUUUGGACAAAAAGGCAUGUCGAUGCGAUAUUCGGAAACGUUCUCUCUCGUGAUUCAGAACUUUUACCGUUGGACGAUUAUAAAAUUGCUAUGAAAACGUUGAGCGUACAUUAUUAUGAUCCUUGUCCCGUUCAAGUUGUGCCAGGACAUAUAGAUCGACAAACCUUUUGCACGGAAGCAUUGAACAACAUGAAAAAGGAAUUGAUGCGUAUUGCAAAUGAAACUAUUUAA